AUGAAUGGCUUCAAUGAGAAACGCCUGGACGAGGAUGCCUUCGGCGACAAGGGAAGCAGCAUUGGCGGGCUGAAGACCUUCGAUGCGUUCCCCAAAACCAAACCCUCAUACACUACAGCCACCCACCGCGGUGGACAAUGGACCGUCCUCAUCCUCGCCGUAUGCACAAUCCUCAGCUUCUCGGAACUCAGGACCUGGUGGCGCGGCACAGAAAACCACCAUUUCAGCGUUGAAAAAGGCAUCUCGCACGACCUGCAACUGAACCUAGAUGUCGUAGUCAACAUGCCCUGCGACACGCUGCGCGUGAACAUCCAAGACGGAGCGGGCGACCGCAUUCUCGCUGGCAAUCUGCUCCAGCGCGAGGAUACAAGCUGGAUGCAGUGGAUGAAGCAGCGCAAUCAAGAGUCUCACUCCGGCGGCCAUGAGUACCAGUCGCUGAGCCAUGAGGAGGAUUCGCGGCUCGCGGCUCAGGAGGAGGACGCACACGUGCAUCAUGUUCUGGGUGAGGUGCGCCGCAAUCCCAGGAAGAAGUUUGCGAAGGGGCCGCGUAUUCGACGGGGUGAUCCUAUUGACGCGUGUCGCAUCUAUGGGAGUUUGGAGGGGAAUAAGGUGCAGGGGGAUUUCCAUAUCACCGCCAGAGGGCACGGGUAUCAGGAGUUUGCGGAGCAUCUUGACCAUACCGCAUUCAACUUCUCGCACCUGAUCACAGAGCUCUCCUUCGGCCCGCACUACCCAACGCUCCUGAACCCACUCGACAAGACAAUCGCCGAAGCAGACACCCAUUACCAUAAAUUCCAGUACUUCCUCUCCGUCGUGCCAACAAUCUACUCCAAGGGCAAAGGCGCACUAGACGCGUACGAGCGAGCCCCCGGCUCGGCAGCAGCGCGCUCAAACCGCAACGCCAUCUUCACGAACCAAUACGCCGCCACCAGCCAGUCCACAGCCCUACCCGAGACCCCCUACCUGGUUCCCGGGAUCUUCUUCAAGUAUAACAUCGAGCCGGUCCUGCUGCUGAUCAGCGAGGAGCGAGGCGGGUUUUUGAGGCUGCUGAUCCGUCUGAUUAACACCAUUUCCGGGGUGCUGGUUACUGGUGGCUGGCUUUAUCAGAUGAGUGGGUGGGUUGGGCAGUUUUAUGGACGGAGGAUGAGGAGGCAGUCGGAGGGUGUUUUGACGGGGAAACAUUAUACGGAUUAG